AUGGCAGUCAAAACUUGGAGUCUUCUAAUCAAGCUGGUGCCUUUCUUGAUCUCCUGCAUCGCCUGUUUUACACUCAAUCUCCCUGAACCCAGCAUCUCUGCCACCAUUGUCAAGGGCCUCCCGUCCCUCUCCUUGGCGUUCUUUGUGGCCAUCCAGCCCCAUGCUGCCGAAGCCUGGACAUCGUAUGCCAAGGCAAUCUUCCAAGGCCUGCUGCUCUCCGCCGUGGGAGAUGCCUGCCUGGUGUGGCCUCAGCUUUUCUUUCUAGGGUUGAUUGGAGCAAAUAACAGCAUGGGGAAGGAAUUAAUGUGCCUCCAGGUCACCUCUCAAUUUAUGAUGACCCCAAGGAUGUUCCCCUCUAAGCCAAGUUCUGUACUGACCUAUUUCCUUUCUUUCUCUCCUGCAGGACGGGCCGCUUUUGCCAUGUGUCACACCUCCUAUAUCUUGGCAUUUGGCCUGAUUCCCUUUCGACCCUUCAUCUUUGUUAUGGCUCUGGGCUUCGUGUUUGUUCCUUACGCUUACCUGGUGGAGCCAUGCCUGGAGGGCUUUUCUCGGUGGGCUGAAACAGCCUCCAAAGUCCCCCUCAGCAUCAUGACAUGGCGGGCUCUGUCUCACCCUGGACGCAGGCUGAGGACUUCUGUCGGCAGCCUGCUCUUCGUUGCCUCCGAUCUCUUCUUUGGCAUUGAGACGUUCUGCUCUUUCCUGCCUCACUCGCGCUUCCUCAUCAUGUCCACCUACUACACUGCCCAGGGCUUGUUUGCCCUUACCGUGGCCUCCCAGAGAGUCUCCAAAAAGGACAGCUAAAGUCCGGAAGUGGCUGGGAAGACUUCAAUAAUACUUUCCAUCAGUUGCUUUCUUCCCAAGUUCAAAUUGUCCAUCAGCUCUCCCAAAGAAGCUGCACCUUCUCUCUGGAAACCAGACCUAUUUAUUCCUUAACAUUACAAGAUAUGAUCCACUUCAACUCUUAGGAUCUUUGCUGUAUGUAUACAAACACAUUGUGUGAUUUCAGGCUAGUCAUACCUUUUCUCAACCCAACCUUCCUUACUGGGUUGUUAUGAGGAUACAGUGGGGAGAGGGAAAACCAGGUGCCCUGCCUCGACCUCAGUGAAAGAAAUGCAGGAAAGAGACAUAAUAAGAAAAUGCAUGAAUAAAAGUCAGAAGUGAUA